GACUCGUUUCCCCCCUCGUUCUCCUCCUGUGUUUCCUGACCCGACUCCUCCAACCCACUUCUGGUCUUGUCGUCCGUCUCGUGCUCGUCCUAUCUUUCCUGUCCAGCACUCUCACCCUAUGUUGCUUUGUUCCCACACAUCUUCUCCUCCCCUCCUCCCCUCACCUCAUCCGUCGUCACUCGUAGUUGCUCCGCCUCCCCUGUCUAACUACCUUCCCAUUCGUGCCUUCGCUAUCGCCCCGAGGUCUGCUCUACACUGCAGCCCCUUGUUGCCGUGCCGUGCUCUCCGCGGCCUUUUUAAUCGAUAAUCUUUCGGCUGUAACAGGGAACACGAGCCACGGGCCUUGUUCCUUCCUCUGAAUCUCGCCAGUCAAUUCCGUGCCUCAGUCUCUCGGCCCGCCAUGGCUGCUUCGCGACCCGUCCUCUCCCCUCUCCUCGCCUUCUCGCGAAGGAUCCUCGCGACUUCUCCUGCCGCACCGAUCCUCCCUCUUGGAACCCUGAUCGGCGCGCGCUGGCUGCACGCGGGAUCGGCGCCGUCACAUGCGACGGGAGGCCCGGCGGGGACGGCGCCUGGAGGCGGCGCGACUCCUCCAAGCGAGGAUGGCGGCGAGACGCACGACGACUUUAAACCGCAGAUUAAGGCGGCCGAGGGGGUGCUCCCGGUGCACGCGCAGAUUCAAGAGGACAUCAAGUCGUGUCCCGUGGUGGUGUUCAUGAAGGGCCUGCCAUCCGCGCCCAUGUGCGGCUUCAGCGCUGCUGUCGUGCGCGUGCUCGCUGCUCAUGGCGUAGAUUUCAAGGGGGUGAACGUUCUGGAGGAUCCAGACCUCAGAGAGGGAAUCAAAUCUUUCAGCGAGUGGCCCACUAUUCCCCAGGUCUAUGUGAAUGGGGAGUUCAUUGGCGGGUGCGACAUUGUCAUGAAGAUGCACCAGUCUGGUGAACUCGCUGAUGUACUGAAGUCGCUCAAGGCAGCACCUGCUACAUCUUGACAUCAAUUCGCUAAUCACGGGAUAGCUGCAAAGUUGGCACCGCGUGCUCUCUUUGCUCUCAGCUACUUACCCAAGGAGCGCCAGAUAUAAGUAUCAUUGUGUUUUGUACACACAUUUAGGAAGUGCUGCAAGAUGCGUAGCUUUGUUGAUAUGGAAUUAAUUGUUUGUCUAGAAAUUUAGAACAAACAUCUCGCUAAACCUGCUAUGUACUGCCUGGUGUAGACUCGUUGAGCAAUAAAUUCGUCACUUCCAG